AGGCCCGUCGACUACAAGCUCAACGUAAAAAAGAAGCUCAGCGUGAAGAGUUGGAAGAGCGGGAGAGGACUUCGACUAGGCCGGGCGUAUAAGGGAUGUUUCCCACUAGACGGGUAAUAGCCUGUCUAUCGAACGGGUCCGCGAAUCUUUUCAGUUGGACCAAAGGAAUUGGACGUUGGGUGAUGAAGAGGAAUUGUACGGAUGCAUGAAGCGGGAGCAGAAGAUGUUUAUGAACAUGAUCAUAAACAUGGAUAUCAGAAUACCUCGGAAUCAUACCAAUUCAUCACGCCGAUGCCUUGGAUCGAGCAAGUGGACGCGAUAUUUCUCAGGGGAUACGAUCUUAAGUGGCUGAGACUGAAACCCGAGUUAUCGCGAGUGCUUACAGGCUUCGAGGAAGACCUCGAGGAGCUUGCUGGUACUGUACGUGGACAUAUUUGGAGAGCCGUGUCUUUACAGGUAGAGAUCCUAGCCUCAUAUCGGACUAGAGAGUCUGUCAAGUGUCACGCGAUCGAUAUCCAACAUCGGGAUGGCUUUGGGAUUCAAACUGAAGCCUGCAGUACCGGUCUUGGAGAUCAACGGUCUCCGAAUGAUAUCACGGAACGACGGAAGUCGUAUAGGACGCUCGGUCUCCUUGCUAGUCAUGACGAGCUGGAGAGGUACCAUGAGCAGGUAAAGGGUGUCGUCGUCUGCAAACCGAUUUCAGCCUGGAAAAAAAAGCCGAAGAUGCAGCAUCGUGAAAUUUGUUCUGGGCGCAGAAUCAGCAUGGCCAGGCAUGAACGGGUUUCCGCCGCCUCUCGCGAUACUUUCGAGAACAACGACUUGCAAGAUGAGUUGGGUCUCGCCAUUCCGACCGGGUCUCACUGUCGAGACGAAGCAGAUCAUCCUGAAUGGUACAAUCUCCCAUCGAAGCCGGUCCAGUGGAGUCUGGGAGACGUAACUGUGCGAUUGGCCUUUCUUGCAAACCGGACCGUCGUCAAGUUCCAUCGACAACCGAACAUCUGACGAAUCCAAACUGAAAGGAAGCGUCUCGAAAUCACGUGUAUCACGCCAUCCGCUGCGACGGCGUCCCCCUCGGUCACAUUGUGACUUGAACAUGCACAAGUAGAUCAGGUGGUGAACGACAUCGGAUGAUCACGCGCGCCUCGAUCUGGAUAUGAAAGGAUGUCACAAUGCGUGAUCAGAGACGCCUAAUAUUGACGGAAGAUGAUAC